GGCAACUCGACACGGCACAGCUGUGCCACUCGACAGACUUCGAUGAUCAGUCACUCGAUGGCCUUUGAAGUGUAACCCUACAAAUUUUGUAGCAGUGGUUUGGAAAUCCAGUGUUUUGAGAGGAUCCUUGAAGAUGGUACACAACCUCGACCUCGUUAUAGAUGGCUUGACAAAGGAAGGAUUGUUCAAGGGAGCUACAGAGAUAGCCAAGAGUGUGCGAGCCGACUGGGAUCAUGAUAAACUACAGUUCAAACUAUACACAGAUGGGAUUACCAACCAGCUGGUAGGGGUCUGGUAUGAUGACCGAGAAAAACAGAUCCUCGUACGAGUCUAUGGCAACAAAACUGAAAUGUUCAUAGAUAGAGAUGCAGAGAGGAGGAAUAUUGAGGUGCUUCACAAGGCAGGGUGUGGUCCUGAACUACUGGCAACAUUUUCCAAUGGUGUGAGCUAUGAAUUCACAAAGGGUAAUCCCACAUCUGAGGAUGAUGUUCUCCAGGAACCCAUUUGGAAGGACAUUACUAGGGAAUUAGCCAAAUUGCAUCACAUUAAGGAAGUGGGGAGCCCAUUGCUUUUCCCAAAGUUAAGGCAUUUCCUGAGUCUGCUUCCAGAUACCAUGAAUGAUGCUACACAGCAGCAGAGAUUAGUUGAUAAGGGCUACACUAAGAGUAAGUUAGAAGAAGAAGCAAACCUCUUGGAAGAUCGCUUAGGUAGCCUAGGGUGCCCUAUUGUUUUCUCGCACAACGACAUCCUUUUGGGUAAUGUGAUAUGGGACAAAUCGGCAAAGAAGGCUAGCUUUAUUGACUAUGAAUAUGGAGCUUCUAAUUAUCAACCUUAUGAUAUCGCUAAUCAUUUCAACGAGUUUGUUGGAGUGGAAAAUAUUGACUACAACCGAUACCCAAAUGAAGAGUUCCAACGAAACUGGAUAAAGAGCUACCUUUCCCACUACCAGAAUGUAUCACCAGAGAAAGUGGAAGAGAGUCAGAUCAGCCAGUGGUAUGUCUGGGUGAACAAGUUUGCCCUUGCGUCUCAUGUCUUCUGGGGGGUAUGGGCUCUGCUGCAAGCAUGCCACUCCUCUAUUGACUUUGACUUUUUCGGUUAUGCUCUGAUCCGGCUGGAUGAAUACACAAAGAGAAAGGAGGAGUGUCUGGCGCUUAUGGGUGAAGGAUCUUAACUGCAAUAAAUAAAGUGUAUGUUGUUUUAGGAUACAUUUUUAGAUGAGUAAUGUCAAGAUUCAUAAUGAAUGCAUACAGUAUAUACUGUACUUAAUUAUGUUUGAGUAAUUACCUGUUUUGGAAACUGUCUCAGGUGCUGCUACUUUUAUACAUUUUGGAUU